AGAUGGCAGCCGUCAACUUUGGGCAUCGGCACCCUAGGUCCCUGCUCACCCCAUUUCUCUGUGGUGGUGCCUUCCUGCUGCCUUCCCCCCCUCGGAUCCUACUGAUCUGCCUUUGGCUACUUCGGACUAUUUCUGAAUUGACUUAGCUGGUUCUGGGUGUUUCGGGAAACCAGCGCUGCUUGGGCUUGGAUCGCAUCAGCACCCGGUAACGGAGAAGAGAGCAGAUGAGGUUUUGGCUGUGAGACCCCCAGGCGUAUUGGAGAGUGGUGCCAGGCUUCUGAUGCUUUCUUUACCUGUCGAAAGAAUGUGCUUCUGGCGAAGAGCACGUCCACCCAGAUAGAAGGCAUCUUUGCUGCAACCAGAGGAAAGUCGGUCCAGGAAGAGCAAGAAGCUCUACUCCAGCAGUGGCUGGAGGAAGGAGCAGGGAAUCUGCCAGCCAGUGAGAGUGCUCCAGCAGUGGGGAAAGUAUCAGCUACACUCACUAGCGACUGGUUAGAAGGUUCAGAGCUAUUGAUGAGUAGCCUUAGCGACCUGAAUUCGGCUCCAGAAGUCACGUGGUGUGCCGGUCAGCAGCUUACAGAGCUAUGUGCCUUGGCUUCUUCAGAACCACAAGAUCAUGCAGUGACUAAACUGGAAAAAUUACCAGAGGAGGAGACAGUGGCUGUAGUAGGCAGCGCUCCUUGGGCAGCUGUGGUGCCACAGACAGAUCACCAGAUAGCUGGCUGUGCCCCUGUUGGUGUAGGAGGACACCAUGAAGACCCAGCCGUGCUGGCAUGGAGCUUAGCAGGUGGUGCAGAGAUGGUGCCAGUGGAGCCCCCUGCCUGGCCUGUUCAGGAUGCAGUACAAUUUUGUCCUCUCCUGGAGGAGGUACCCUACCACGAAAUUUUAUGGAGAGACUGGGAGGAUCUUUCUGUCCAGCCUUGUGAGCUAGAGCAGGCUUCAAAAAAUACUCCUCUCUUUGAAUUUCGAGUCAUGUCUUACAACAUCCUGGCCCAGGACCUGGUGGAACAGGGCCAUGAUCUUUACCUACACUGUCAUCCAGACAUCCUGAACUGGGACUACCGCCUUCCAAACCUCUUACAGGAGAUUCAGCACUGGGAUCCUGAUGUUCUGUGUCUCCAGGAGGUGCAAGAGAACCAUUACUGGGAGCAGCUGGAACCAACAUUCAAGAAAAUGGGCUUUGCAUGCUUCUAUAAACGGAGGACUGGGAGAAAGACCGACGGCUGUGCAGUGUGCUUUAAGGACAGCAGGUUCCAGCUGAUCAGCGUCAGCCCCAUAGAGUAUUUCCGCCCUGGCCUGGACGUCCUCAAUCGGGAUAACGUGGCCUUGGUGUUGCUGCUACAGCCUCUGCUCCCAGAGGGUCUGGAUCUGAAGGCAGUCAGUCCUCUGUGCGUGGCCAACACUCACGUGUUGUUCAAUCCCCGGCGGGGAGAUAUCAAGCUUGCCCAGAUGGCCUUGCUCCUAGCAGAGAUUGACAAGAUUGCAAAAACUCCUGAAGGCAGCUACUAUCCUGUCAUCUUGUGUGGAGACCUGAACUCUGUACCUGAUUCUCCACUUUACAAAUUCAUCCGGAAUGGUCAGCUUUCCUAUCACGGGAUGCCAGCCUGGAAGGUGUCCGGUCAGGAAGACUUUUCCCAGCAGUUGCAUUCACGGAAACUGGUGGCCCCACUGUGGCCAUGUUCACUGGGUGUAACAGACAACUGCCAAUAUGUUACUCGGUGCCAGCCAAAGAAACUGGGCAGACAUAAGUACAGCCGGGACUUCCUGCUCCAGUUCCAUUUUUGCGAUGUUGCCUGUGAACGACCACCACAACUAGUCCUCUUGGAAGGUGUGACAGAUGCUAAACCAGACCGCCCUGCAUACUGGCCCAAGCACGCAGCCGUAGUGAAUGACCCAGAUCUCCAGCCACUCAUCCCAAGGUCUUCAGGUGUUAUCCAGCAUGGCCUCAACCUGACCUCUGUCUACAGCCACUUCCUGCCAGAGAGGGGACGCCCAGAGGUCACAACCAUGCCCAUGGGACUUGGUGCUACCGUUGAUUAUAUCUUCUACUCAGCAGAGCCUGUGGAAGAUGGGAGCAGAGGGGGUCGCAGGCUGUACCGGGAUGGAGUCCUGAAGCUACUUGGCCGCCUUUCCCUUCUCUCUGAAGAUGUCUUGUUGAUGGCAAAUGGCUUACCAAAUCCUUUUUGUUCAUCUGAUCAUCUCUGCCUGCUGGCUAGCUUUGGCUUGGAGGUCUCCAGCCUCAGAGAGGGUUAGUGAUGGUCCCCUUUCCUUAAAGAAAAGCUGUUUUGAAUGCAGCGGUUUGAGACUCUGGAUGCACAACCUGCUUGCAAGAAAACUCUUAUUUUUGUCAUGCCCUAAGAGUCCUUUUCUCCCGUUAACACCCUCAUAAAAACCAGGGAUGAAAGAGUUGGAGCCCUUCCUGUGUUGGUAUUUUGUGGGUCUCUGCAAGCCUGAACUGUGCUUCCAGUGGGUUUCUGGUAAUGUUGAGACACUGUCAUCUCUUAAAGGGAUCCUUGUUCCACAGCUUUGUUUAGCAGAUGUGUUAGUGCCGCAGGAACCAACCUCACUCCCAUGUUUAUUUGUCCUGUGAUAAGAUCUUCAGGGACUGGGGCAAUAGGCAAUGCUGUCUACUUCUGUUCAGUUCAUUGCUACCAAGCAGCAGGGCAUGUAUACACCAAUAUUCUUUCACACCAAAACAAUGUUUCUUUUAAAUCCUGGGUGAUAGGUUAUGAAGCGUGGUCCUUUGGGAACUAGUGGUAUUGCCUUUGGGAGCAGCGGUUCUGCUAACUGCUUAGAAAUUGCUUUUACUUAAUAAUUAUAAGGCUGCAUUGCUGGCAGAAAAAAAUGUAUAGUUGAGCCCUUUCAUCAAGAAGCUCCCUACUGUGUCUAGUGGUCCAGGGAAGGGGAUUGCUUGGAAUGGAGCCAGGGGUUCUACAGAGCCACCCACAGGAGCUCUAGAUCCACAGCAAAAGCCUAGAGGCCUUGGGAAAGACUCCCUUCCUUUCUGGCAGUCUUGGAAUGGUUCCUAGGAAACUUGUAGGGCGAAGAUCAUCCCAGUGAACGUCAGAUGAAGAAAACUGUCUUGUAAGGCGUAACGACCCCAGGAGUCUGUAGCUCCGAAGAGAGAUGAAAAUGGAACGUGUAUCAGAGGAAGCAGAGCCAUCAAAUGAAAGAGCUGAAGAGAUUCUCACUUGCCCUUCUCUUUCUGUGUCCUCCCUGUUUUGUUUGGCCUCUCGGGACAAAUAGCCAACCUGCGGCAUCCCGCUGGGCCAGGCUCCCAGCUUUCUGAGCUAGCCGUGCUUAGGUGGAACCCAUAGGACUGACUCCUGUCUCUUGACAGACGUUGGGAGGGAGGGGAAGGCUCUGUCCUUGGAGGCAGAUUUAGUCACUCGGAUCCCAGUGUACCUUUGAUGCCCGGUUAGUGUAGUUUUCUCAGCAGUGACCUGGACAGCACAAAUACAACAGAACUGUACGUGUUCCUAGGGCAGAUUCCCUAGUUCAGCAUGACUUCUGGUGCUCGAUUUUGCUGUAAGAGAUGGGAGCAAUAUUGACAGAAACAUUUCUAACAUUUUGUUCACAAAUGGGGCCGGGAAAUCUUGUCCUGCCUCAGUCAGGUUUUUGUGAGAGCGUACAAAAAGACUUGAAAUAUCAUUUCCUCUUUUUGUGUCACAUUGGGGGAGUUUCGUAUUUUAAAUGUUACUUUCUUUAUUGAAGAAUAAAAUGUUUCUAAUUUAAGAAAAAAAA